UUAAUUAAUUACAAAUUGGACCUCCAUGCCGAUCCCGAUCUCCCCUUCCGCUCCUGCUCCUUUCAUGGCUUCCUCUCGCUUACUUCUCCUUUCCUUCUUCGUCCUCUCCGUCUCGUAUCGCACCACCUCUGCCGCUGUCGCGUCCUCGGAUUCAGCUUCCAAAGUUUCGGUGGCCCUCUACUACGAGACCCUGUGCCCUUACAGCGCCAACUUCAUAGUCAACUACCUAGCCAAGCUCUUUGAAAACGGCCUCAUCUCUAUCGUUGACCUCGAACUCGUUCCCUACGGGAACGCCAGGAUCCGAAACGGAACCAUCUCCUGCCAGCACGGUCCCUAUGAGUGCUUACUGAACACUGUUGAAGCAUGCGCCAUUGCUACCUGGCCUGAUUUGAAUGAACAUUUCAGUUUCAUCUAUUGUGUUGAGGACCUGGCUUUGAAGCACAAAUACCUUGAGUGGGGGUCCUGUUUUUCCAAGACUGGGCUUGAUUCGCUUGCAGUCUUGGAGUGCUAUGACAAUGAUUACGGGAAAAAGCUUGAGUUAGAGUAUGCUGCAAAAACAGAUGCUUUAGAACCCCCUCACACCUAUGUUCCUUGGGUGGUAGUGAAUGGACAGCCACUAUAUGAGGAAUAUGAAGAUGUCGAAGCCUACAUCUGCCAAGCUUAUACCGGCAAAACUCCAAACGCCUGCACCGAAACAUCCCUCAUCACCAACCGACAGAAUGCCAGAACUCAAGUCCACGUCUCCUUUGUUGAUAACAUUUCAUCCAGGGCCCUAAACAAUGAAAGGAUGAUAAGAACUGCAGCCUAGGUUUGCUUAAUAGGUAAAUAGUAAACACCUUUUUCCUCCAUCUGAAACAAUUAUCUUAGUUGUAUAUGAAAAGCUUUACGUUUUAUUUUGUUACUAGAAACGCUACUGUUGCUGCACAUUUUGGACUCCAACUUAAACAUGUAGCAAAGAAUUAUAUACCAGACAUGAUAAAAUUCUAUGCUGUUAAUUGAUUAA